AUGCAGCCUCAGGGAUCUGAUGAAGAUUCUCUAGACGUGAGUAUUACCUUACAACUUCUCUUUACGCUUUCUGAGGAGGAUUGGCGUGAAUUUUCGAUUGGUCAUCUCAGUAAGUUGCCUACGUAUCUGUGGUCAUCGGAGUCUGCUGAUCAACAAAUUAAAAUAGCUGAAGUUCUCUCCCUCUGGCCUCAUGAUACCACUAUGGUCCCGCUUGGCCCUACCACGGUCGAUCCCAGAGAAGUUUUGUCGAUCCUGAUUGCACUUUCUGGCUCAGUUAAUCCGUAUGCAAUGCAUAGCUAUUUUGUAUUACUCUUGAAUUCCUAUCGUCAGGUAUUGUUCGGAAACAUGCGCCGACGGCUUAAUACAAUGAAGGAACUUCCCUCCUCUCAGAAGGGGAUGCUGCACGCGCGGAACUCUCUCUUACUCUCUAUGAAGCCAUGGGUUAGGGAUAUUAUUGAUAUGUUGGAAGAGCACAUCCUUCCAAGCCUGGUAGUUAAGGAUGCUAAUCCGCAGACCCUGGAGACAGGUAUUGACUGCGCUAGACUUGACAGCAAUCCAUUGUUUAGUCCCCACAUCGAUGCUUCCCAAGGCGCGGACUCCGGAAAGAGCCAAACUACGACAGAAUCUACAGCGCAUCUAAACUAUCAUCGCGUUGAUAACAUUAAUUCUCUUUAUCUUUCCAUCGCAAAUUUGCUGCAGGAUAUGGCGCACUCUUCAACAUUACAUGACGUAUGUGCACGCUGUGCGGUUGCUCUGUAUGGGACGAUGUGGAGCUCGAUAUCUCUCUGUCGUGCCUUAACCAUUGGGGGUAUCCCUAUUUCGGAGAGAAUUCGAGAUGAGCUUAGACGAAUUAACGGUAAAACACCCUUAAACGGUUUUUUAAAGGAAGCUGAGCUGCCCUCCAACGGAUUUGUGGUCUCCUCAACUGAACGUGCUGUGCUUCAGGAGAGGAUAUUUCAACUUCUAUGCAAAGUUUUAGGGGUGGAGAGCCCAGCCGAGGCACUAUUACAACUCCUUUCCGACGAAAUGGACAACCCUCCUUUUGAACACAACGAUGAUCACUACUACUUAAACGAUUGGGAAAAAUGUAAUAAGCCAUCCAUCUCAAAGACUUUAACGCUUUGGCAAGAACGAGAACAAGCAUUAGAGAAGCUUCAGCUCUGGGAUUUAUCGGAACCGAACUUGGAAGAAUAUGGCAACCAGCCCUCUAACGAGUGGAUCUCCAUAAUGGUGAAUCUCGGGCUUUUUUACCUAUUAACCUCUUUAAUAACUUCAAAGAAAGAGGUGCCACUGUUGAUCUCUAGUUCGCCUCUUUCUUUCUUCUUCACGAUUAGCAGUUCGAUUGCCGUUUCCCUGAAGUGCUCUUCUGCAGCGGCCUUACUUGGCGUGCUUCUCUUCUUAGGGCACUGUAUUCGGUGCAUUCCGAAAUAUUGCAUAGAAUUUCCGGCCGAACAGCGAGAUCUUGCGAAUCCCUUUGACCGCGCGGAGGAACCGUGUGGUUAUCGCAUAGAGCGGUACCGAAUUUUUUUUGAAAUACUUAAGCAGCUCGUGAGCAUUUCAGUCAUGUGCCCAAACGCAAUUCAUCGGACGCUUAGUCGCUCCUUAACGCUUGAAAUCCUCAAAUGCCUUGAGGAACGGGCCCGCAUUCGAACCCACAUGACGCUGCUCGUGCUGACCCCGUUUGGGUCCGUUGCAAGAGUGCUUCUAGAUAGUGUAUUAAAGGAGUGGGAUUUUUCUCCGAAUUCGAAGCAAACGGAGGUCCCGACUGCUUUGCUAAGCGAUUUGCCGUGCGGCAUUGUGAAUGCAAUCCGAAACUUUCUGCAACACAUUGAGAGCGGUAAGUCAGAGUUUAUUGACCCCCUCAUCGUGUCGCUCAACUUUUUUCGUGUCUUCAUGAUCAAGGAUCGUUCAGCGGCGGGAGCGAGAACGCUUAUUUACGAUAACAGCGAUAAACUCAUUCUUACGGAGGAUUGUGUGGAUGCGAGAAGGAUUAAAGAGAAUAAUUCAUGGCCAUGGGCCAUUCGCCACCUGGCGAAAACUAUACUGCCACAUUGCCAGCGAUGCUUGUCAAUGAUGGGAAGAGAUUCUGGCCAGAAGGGGUCUGGGCUCCACAAGAAUUUUUUACCCAUGACUCUAUCUCCUCUAGAUGAAUUCGCUCUUUCUUCCGCAGUAGAUAGUGUAUCUGCGUUGUUGCCCGGUGUUUAG